AAUUCGACUGUUGAAAGUUCAAGUCGUAAUUUGGCAAAGAACACAACAAAAAGUACGACGAAAAAUAACACGACUAACAACUCUUCGAUGACAACAAGAGACAAAACCGCUGCUGAGAAACAGAUGGAUAAGAAGAUGGACGAGUUUAGAAAGGAAGUUGCGAUGUUGGCCAAAUUUGUGAGUCCAUAUCUCAUAAGAUUCUAUGGAGCGUGUUUCAUCCCAAAUCGGAUAUGUAUGGUCACUGAAUUGGCAAAAUAUGGCAGUCUGCAAGACAUGAUGAAACAUAAAAAGUCUGGCGAAAUUGUCAUGAAAAUGCGAAUCAAACUGAUGUUGGACACGGCUAAGGGAAUUCAGUAUUUACACGCAAAUAACACUCUUCACAGAGACAUCAAGUCAGACAACACACUUGUAACUUCACUUGAUUUUAACGACGAAGUUAAUGGAAAAUUGACUGAUUUUGGAGCGUCAAGAAACGUCAACAGUCUGUGUGAUAACAUGAUGUACACGAAAGGUAUUGGUACACCAAAGUUUAUGGCACCUGAAAUCACAAAUGUCGAGAAGUAUACACUUUCAGCAGACGUGUACUCAUUUGCGAUUACUGUUUUGGAAUGUUUGACAUGGAAAGACCCGUUUGAUGAAAAGCUAUUUCCAUACAGUUGGGAUAUCACCAAUUUGAUUUCCAAAGGAGAACGACCGGCAAUUGAAUUGGGAGAUAAAGAACAGAAAGCUUUAAUUGAAGAAAUGUGGAAACAAGACCCCAGAGAGAGACCUGAUAUGGAUAGAGUAGUAGAUAAACUCAACAAAAUAUAUCAAACAAAUAAUUGA